AUGCAAGUUGAGGUAGCAGGCCAACCAGCAAUAGAAAAGUUGCAGUCGGAGCAAAGCAAUAAAGAAGCACUUGCAGAAAGGGUGACAUUUUCGACUGACGAACUGAAUGAUGAGGUGGGAAGCAGUGCACCAGAACCACCAAUCAAACAUAGUACCGAUCUGAAAAUCCGAACAAUUAUAUCACGGAGUAUGGAGCCAAAUGAAGAAGCUAUUAGUAGCUGGAACCAAUCGAAAAGGAAUAAACUUCAUAAGCAUAGAUCAGAGAAAAGUUGUGACAAUAAUAAAGGGCAUAAGCAUUUAGAUGAGAAGUUGAACAAGAAAUAUAUGGUGAAUGACGGCAGACAAUUGCAAAUUCGGACGAAGACAAAACGAAGCCGAGCAGAUCCGGAAGAUGAUACACUCUAUGAAGUACCUCUUAAAAUGCCAGAAUUUGAUUUGGUACCAUCUCGGUCAGAAGAUAGCCUCGCGUAA